UAUGCACCUCAGUGCAAGUGAUUUCCUAAGCAUUCUCCUUCUUCUAACCACUCGCAUCCAGUAACUGUUGCAGGCAUCGAUCGAUCGAUCGCUGAAUAUAGAUAAAGAUGAUGUGAAGCAAGGCCAGUGCCAAUGCUCGGACCGCAGACAUAAUUCAGCAGAAUAAAAUCGGGCUCAAAAAAUCCUCCGCAAUUCCAAAGUAUGCCGUGAGAGAAAUGUGUUCACAAGAGUGGAGAACGCACAGUUCCAAGGAAAACUCCCACCCAAGUUGGCCAGCCUAUCAUCGUGGCCACAUUUUUGGCGGGAGAAAAAUCAUGACUUCCUGGAGGGGAGGAAGGACAUUUGCUAGGGAUAGUUGUGCUUGUGUCAUUUAGGGCAAAGAGUAUAGAGUAGACUUGCAGGAGCAGAUUGACCAGUUCUUCCACUCAAAUGUCGAACUAAAGCGAUGACUGCACAUGUGAUGGAGCAAAAUUAAGAGGGGCGGAUUACAGUGGAUUGAUGUGUUGACCCCCUCCCCAGUCUACUUUUCCUGACUCUGAACCACCUAUCAGAAAAAAAAUGGCGGUAUGUGUGUUUUGUGAAGAAGCGCUUUGUUUUAUUAAAAAAAAAAGUACUCGGUCCAGUUUUUUUCAAGCACAAGGAAUGCAGUCAGUAUAAAGUGUUGUGUGAUUCUUUGCCCUGUCAAUUCACACACGCGCCACUGUCUUGUUCGGUUCCCACAAUUUCUUUCCCCUUUACUAGUCACGUGAUGGAAAAGAACUCGAGUUUCACGUUCAUCCAUCCAAGAAAGAGUAAAAAACGGUGCGGUCGGGUAAGAAAUCUUGUCCUAGAUUUUUUUUUUAAAUGGUUUAUCUGUGUUCAGCACGAAUUAAACAAAAUUAAACUUCAAUGUCACAAUCACAAGUCCACAAGCUUCUGAGAAAUUAUCAUAAGCCUCUACUUGAUCUGUCCACUAAAAUAAAUUUUGACUUGAGAACAUUCCAUGUUUUUGGCGGCCACUUAGACGAUUGGCUAAAAGCGUUGAGGGGGCGGACGGAUGAAAUGGGAGACCAAUCACUCUUGAGAGAACUUUUUGGAAUUUGUGUGGCGCAGUUCACUUGGUGCAAAAUGAUUUCCCGGUGUCGUGGAAAUGUCUGGGAAGUGGAGGAGGUAUCUCUUCUUCUGAGGGUUGUUCGGAGGAGUGGGCAUGCAUCUCGGUUAAUGGCCAGCACACAAUCAAGCAAUCGCGGCAUCUAUCGAUUUCUUUCAAGAGUGCUACGCAGUCGCGGAUUUCAUCGAACGGCCAACCAGUGCCGAAGCAAAUUCCAAAAACUGAAGUCCGAUUUCAUGUCAUCAAUGGAGGCACUGCAAUGCAUUCCUAGAAGCAGUCGUAGAGUUAGGGUGCACAACGCGAUGAUGCUAAUCUGGAAGGCGGCAGGGAGGCCUCGAUGUCAAGAAAGACCUCAUGAUGAGAUUAUCUGUGAAAGAGCAGUCAAGAUUGAAGAAACUUCAUCUGAGGAUGAUGAGAAUUCAGAAACUGUUGCAGUGGAAUCAUCAAGUGCAGCAGAAUCUGAUGCGCAAGCCUAUGCACCUCUUGGAGUGACAACUGAAGACCCAGCAAAGAUCAAUACAGCAGCAUUUCCUCAAGCUUCAGAGAGAGAAAGAACAGAUGACAGUGGAUCUCAUCGCCUAGAAACCGAAGAAACCGUAAUCGUUAUAUCUUCCGGCAAUAGUCACGAAGAAGCAACUGAUGACAUGACUGCUCCUGAAACCAUAAUGCCCGGAGAUGUAUCUCCACAACCGAGUACCUCAGCUUCUUUAGCAACACACAGUGGUGCCGCAGUGAGAAAGUAUGCCAUGAGCGCUGAGCACAAACUUCGCAUAAUUGUAGAAACAACUUCUUCUGAUGCUGAGGAUGAGGACAGAAACGCCGUUGAGGAAGGCAGAACCGAGGAUGCAGAGGGAACUCCAGUUCUCUCAUUUUCCCCAGGUGAUACUUCAGCGGGAGGUUUGCGUGACAUGAUGCAAAAUAAAGACCAAUCCGCCGAUAUUGGCGAGAUCUAUCGUAAUAUGCGGGGAAUACAAUCUCUAUGUCUAUCAAUAAUGGGAAGAUACCAUGAAAGAAUAUGCCGAUUGGAGAGAAACAAUAGAAGCCUUCACAAAGAACUGAGUUCUCUAAAGAAAAAGGUUUCUGCACUUGAGCGAGGUCAUCGUAGCUCAGGAUCAGAGCAAUCAGGAGAUGACAAGAAGAAUUAGCCAGUGUUAUGUCAGCUUGAAGAAUGUUUAAGCAAUAUUUUAGUUUGUUUCAGAAAGAAAAAAAAUGUAUGUUUAAAGAUAACGUAAUGGAAGGAAAGAUUACAAUUGACAACUUUCACAUGUCAAUUAUUUCCAGUGCUUUAUGAAUCAUGUUGAAGUUGUUUGCAAUGUGGAUAAUAA